AUGGCGGUCGCCGGCCUCGUGAUCAACGCCUUCAAGGCGAAGAUGAGCCAGCCAUCACAGCUGGGGAAAGCGAUGCGAGCGAUCAGGUGGUGGCCAUUGGGAUUUUUUGUUUGGCCCUCAGAGAGUCUGCCUGAAAUGGGCCAGGGCGAUGGGCAGAACAUCCCUGAAGAAUUGAGAAAUUCCAAGAACAUUGCGAAGGUGAUGGGCGAAGUGGAAGUCUUAGAAAAGGAUGAUGCCAGACGUCGCUUUCCGAGGUUGAUGGAGCUCUCAGAACCUUUUGGUUCCACCCAUGUUCGCCUGGCAAAGAUCCGCGGCACCGAGUUCUACGGGAUUGGUGCUGGGCCAAACCAGCGAAUAUACCAUUGGGCCGCGCACCUGGCCGUGGCGCUGAGCGCGGCAAUUGCAACGAGGAAGAAGGAGUGGAAGAACGGUUUCAAGAAUCUGAACCAGAUGAUGGACGAGGCUGCGCGGGGUGGAGCAUGCAAGAACUGGGGAGCUCACGGGCUUUGGGAUCCAACGCCAUCGACACGCGACGAGUGGGAUUCACGACAUCGAAGAGACGACUGGGAUCGCAAGGACCAGAGCUCUCAGAGGUUGCGGAUGGGUUCCUAUGACCGCAGCAGUACAUGGAACAAUUGGAACGAUGGAGCUUGGAGAGACGACUCCCACACAUGGCGCCGCCAUGGCUGGCGCGAUGACUCGCGUGACAGGGCCCGCAGCCGAGGCCGCUCGAGGCACAGUGUCUCUCAGGACUCCCACACAUGGCGCCGCCAUGGCUGGCGCGAUGACUCGCGUGACAGGGCCCGCAGCCGAGGCCGCUCGAGGCACAGUGUCUCUCAGGUCAAAUGGGAAGUGAAGGAGGAAGACAUCAGUGAGGCAGACUACGACGAUGACGAAGUCCCUUCUCCAUCGCCAAUAUCGCCAAUGCCGGAGGAGCCACCCCAAGCCGCAGCGGUGGAUCCCGCUGCUGAACGCCUGGGCGACGUUGAGGAGACUGCCGCGAAGGUCCGAGAUCUAACCGACAGAUUGGUGGCCCCGCAACAGCAGCGGGAACAAGGUGAGCAUCACCCCAUAGAAGCCCUACGGGACGGACCUACGUCGGUGAAGUUCUACCGGAUGCAGAAUAACCACAGCGUGAUCGUGGAUUUCUCUGCAGACACAGCGAAAGGGAAACGACUUUCUGACUUGACUUUGAUCUAUUGUGGCACUGCGCAGUGGUGGGACGCCGCUUUUCAACAGCACAGCAAAAAGGACAUUUGGGAAUGGAUAAAAGAAGAGCAGAACUGCCUCCUGAUGGAUCUCAUGGCAAAAGGCGCAAGAAUAUUUUUCCUGAUCCCAGGAAAAAAGACGCUGCCGGACCAAGAGCUGGAGCCCAUUGUCGACUUUGUGAACUCUGUCGGCACGGGUCGCCUGAUUGCCUUGGGAUGCAGUGCUGGAGGAAUGCUGGCACUGCGACUCCUUGGAUUCGAAGGGAGCAGGACCAGCAGGACCAGCAUCCACACGGCGCUGGCGGUGUCUCCAGCGCCACUCACGCAGGAAGAUUGGCUGAAGGUGCACUCUUUCAGCCAGGACUUGAGCGCGCAGCUUAAACAGAAAACACACAAGAAACUGCAUCUGAUUUGGGGCACGGAAGACCAGUCGCAAGAAAAACUACAAUCGCUUCAAGUGUGUCCUAUGGUGCGAACGAAGAAAAUUCCAGGAAAAGGGCACCUCGGGAUGCUCAGCUCUUCGUUGUGCCAAGACAUCCUGUCUCUGCUGGAUGGCACCGCUGCGCCCAGUCGUCGAGACGAUAAGAUGACGAUGGCUGUGGCGGUCCCGCACUUCCCGGAGGACGGCCAUGCGUCGGCGGCUGAGGCGCCUUGGAGCACGCCCUGUGCUCCGCCGGCACCGCCAGCUCCAACGAGAGAUGACAGAAAGGAAGGUAUUCUGCUCGGUGUGUCUCGCUCGUACAACCCACCCCAGGGCCAGCUGCGCGAUGUGGCCACAAGCGUUAUCUACACCUUUCAGUACGUCGGCAACGUCGAAGAUCUGAAAAUUGGAGAGAAAUUCACGUUCCGCACAGUAGGAAACCAAGCUGUGGAUGUUGCCGCCGUGCGGAGAGGUGAAUUUUCCGCCCGGCCGAGUAAUUUGUCAAUCGUCGAGGCAAGGCAGUUCUUGUGUCGUCAUGCGAUGUCUUUCAGUGAACUUUAUUCUGGAGACACUGAAGCCACGCACUCCACGAUGCAAGGCGGCAGGAAUCCCUUUUCGAAGACGGGCAAGUUUCGAUUCCCCGAUGACCAGAACAGCCGGAAAAAAUUGGCGGAUGUCAUCAAAGUUUGCCAUGAAGCUGCCGAAGCGGACAGACGCAACCACGAACUGCGGCUCUUUAUAUGCGAACACCCGACAAAGAUCCAGGCGUUCGUUGAGGACCUUGACAUAUUGGGUGGGCAGACGGGCGGCGAGCCAGACAUCAUGAAGCGUUCGGACUCGAUUCAGCCGGACUACGAGCUGCUGAAGUGGAGGGCCAAGGUCCUGCGCGAAGUGUUCCCCUCAGCACAACUUCGCGUUGUGCUCUUCCACGCCAGCGGCUUCUACGUUGGCCAAGACGUGUUCAAGGAGUCAUACCAUUUGGUAUGGCCUGAAAUCCUUCUCACGAAGGACGAGGCUGCGGCAGCCAGGAGCUAUACCGUGAAGAAAUUCGAGGAAUGGAGCCAGAUUAAGGAGCACCGAGUGGCUGAGAUGUUGGCAAGGGCGAAGGUAUUUUGUGAGCACAACACAUGGGAUCGCAUGUUCGAUGAAACCACCACCCGGCCCACGGUUGGAGCGCGCAUGCCGUUUUGCGACAAGCGAUCCAAGCAUGCCGUGACGGGCGAAUGGGUCGAUGAGAACCGCAAGAUCUUCCCCGUCGCCGAGCUGGACUUCGACUUCGGCGAGGAGGAGCUGCCGUCGAUGCGCAUCGUCCACCUGCCGGAGGGCAAAUCCAUCGCAGAGUGGAUUUACCGUGGCAUGUGCCGGCGAAGUGCAGAGGAGCAAGAGAACCAUAUUUACUGUGGUGUGGCCCCGCUUCCGAAGCCGCCGCAGCGCAACCGGCGCCCGCCGGGAAGCGGCAGCGGAUCGGGGAGGCCCCCCCCGCGCCCGGGACCUGGGAAAGGCGGAGGCAAAGGAGGUGGCAAAGGUGGCAAAGGCGGCAAAGGUGGAAAGGGACACAAAGGUGGCAAAGGGCACAAAGGAUCUGGCUGGUCCUGGCAAGGGGGCCAUGGGAACUAUGGGAGCCAUGGAAAUUUGGGCGGCGAAGGUCGCAGUCGCACGCCACCACGAAAAGAUUGCAGGUACUUCCCAGGAACAAAGGAUCAAUUCCUGGAUGCCAUCCGGCAACACUCGAACAACCAUCAUUUCCAGCAGAGGGACAUUCGAGGAGGCAUUCAGAUCUACUUCCCUCGCCGCGGAUCCAUCAACUUUACCUAUGAAGGGAACAAGGCGGUUCUUGUCCAGGGAAAUGAUCACUACUUCCUUCACAACAUUGUGAAGAGCUGGACAACAGAAGGUUGAUCCAGAGAUCUGAACAUAUCUGAAGCACUCAGCGGCGAGUUGAUGAUUUUCUGGCCCCAUGGCAUGUCUUGGCUAUCUUGGCUGUCU